UGCAAGCAAAAAUUUUUUUGGCGCACGAAACAAAACAUGCCCUGAACGUUUCAAAUUCUAGGAAGAGGAAAAUUUUGUAAUUUGAAUUUUUUAGCGAAAGCUGGAUCGCGAGCUGCAAUCCGAAAAACAGUUUGUUAUCGAAGUUCGAGCGACUGACAAAGGCGUACCACCUCUUGAAGGAAGAGGAAAUGUGACGAUUCGUGUUACGGAUGUAAACGAUAAUGAGCCAUAUUUCAAGAAAAAGCUUUAUUUCGGAUCAGUAGCCGAAACAGCACCAGCUGGUUCGCCAGUAAUGAGUGUUGCCGCCCAGGAUAAAGAUAAUGAAGCAAGGGACAACAUUUUUUCAUAUGAGUUAAUGGAAGAAAACCAGUAUUUCUAUAUAACAACUGAGGUUGAUCCAGGCAGCUCAAGUGUUGGAGUGCUUCGGGUCAAAAAGGUCAGUCCCAUCCCAUGA